CCGCGCCGUCUCUCCUGGUCCCGCCGCCCCGCCGGUCCCGGUCCGUGCCGUGCUGCUGGCACCGAGACAGCUCCGCUCUCCUCUUCAACACAAUGGCCUGCCAAGAGAGUGAGUACCUGGAUGACCAGAAGAAAUGUGUCCCCUGCAGAAAGUGCAUGCCCGGGCAGGAGCUUUCCAAGGACUGCGGCGACGGCAGCGGCGGGGACGCGCAGUGCGUGGCCUGCCCUCCCAGGAAGUUCAAGGACCGCUGGGGACAUCACGGCUGCAAGCCCUGCCUGUCCUGCGCCCUCAUCAACCGCCUCCAGAAGUCCAACUGCACAGCCACGGCCGACGCGGUCUGCGGGGAGUGCCUGCCGGGGUUUUACCGGAAGGCGCGGCUCAGCGGGCAGCUGGAGUGGGAGUGCAUUCCCUGCACCAAGCAGACGCCAUCCUCCGAGCCGCAGUGUCGGUCCAGAACAAACCUGGUGAGGGUCGCUGUCCCUACUGUACCACCGCAGGACACAGCCCUUCUUGCACUGACCAGCAGUGCCCUGGUCAUCAUCGUCCUGGUGCUUCUGGCACUUUCCAUCAUCUACUGCAAGCGAUUCUGGAAAAGCCAGUGCCAGAGAGUUUUCCUGAGGACUCAGAACUUCUCAGGACAGCGAGCAACGUUCCCAACUGCAGCAGCACCCGGCAGGUUCCUGUGUGAGGAGCAGAUGUCUGGACCCUGCUGCCUGGGUGUGAAGAAUUUGAGCCCUUGCUACAGGCAGGCGGAAGGCCCCGUGGAAGCGGUGCAGUUCAUUUCCGAUGGGGAAGCCGUGGGUCUCCAGCUCCCCUCUCUCCAGCCAGAGAUGGACUUGCCACCAGCCAUUGCAGCCAGCACUGCCUCCAAGGCCCAGCUGGGCAGGAGCCUCCUGGAAAGCCAGCCCCUCAUCCGGGCCUCAGGCCAUGGCGACUGCCUGGACGGGGUCCUGCCGCCCCCCACCCCCAGGCAGGGCCGGCCGGGCACGGUGGAGGCCCUGGCCCCCCUCUCCUCCUGUGCCUCCGAGAUGCAGCACAAGUGGCCGCAUGCACCCGUGGAGUGCACUGAGCUGGACCUCCAAAAGUUCUCCACCCAGGCAGAGUUUGUGGGCGGUGAGCGGCUGGAGGACGCGGCAAGCCGGGCUGUGAAGAGGAUUCCAGCAGAGAGCGGUGGUGGGGUGCAGGAGGGGGCUCAUCACUUGCCCACAGCCGAAAUCCCACCUGGGGAGCAGCCGGUGGAUGAUGCUCAGAGCCUGGUGACUCAGAUCAGCAGCACGGCCAGUGGUCUCCCAAUAGCAGAGCUGCCCCAUUCCUUGGUGCAGUCUCUUGCCUUCUUGUUGGACCCUUCCUUGAACGGUGUGAAGAACUUCAGCCACGUGGCCCUGGAGCUGGGGCUCAUGCCCCAGUUGCUGGGGCGGAUUUCGGGGUUUGAGCAGCUGGUGGCACACUUCACCUGCGCGGGCGCCGCUGUCACUGUCCCGCUGCUGGCGCAGGCGCUGCAGCGGCUCCAGCGCUUUGACGCCUUGCUCCUGCUCUGCGACCACUUCACACUCAGCCCCGCGCCGGACCGCCAGCGCUAGGGCACGGGGAGGGACGGAGGAAGCUCCAUGCACUGUUACUCCUGCGAGAGAGGAUCCAGUGGCCUGCAGUCACAUAACCUCCCUGGUGUGCCUGGCAGGAGAACACAGAGGUGGUCUUUGCAUCAUGACAGGGGUGUUUCUGCACAGGGGUUCAGGAAGCACAGCUGUGCCUUUUCCCUGCUCCAUGGGGGAGGGCUUGCUCAGGCCCCUCCGGAGGCUGUUUUUUCUCUAGCUGUGACACCCUUCCCUGUCAGUUGCUGUGCUGUGGUGCUCUGGCUCUGCAGUGAGCCCUGUCCUGCCCCACUGUUGCCAUGGGGUUCCUCAGCCAUGGGGCUCGAUGUCCAUGGGCAGUGCCCUCCUAUGAGCCCAGCCAUCCCCUCCCUUCCAUUCCAGCUUUCCCAUCCUUCCUCUGGCCCAUGCUCUGCUUUCCCGGGUGCCAGUUGCCACUUUCUCUGUUUACUUUUCAGUUGCUUCUCUUCCUCUGUGCUGCGAUUUCCUUGGCAGAGGACCUGGCCAUGGCUGAUGUGCCAGGCUCCAGCCUUUGUUCCUCUGUGCCGCCCUGGCACCUUCCUAUCGUGUCCAUUUGUGGUGCAGUGUAGCAUCCUGGCACGAGUUUCAGACUGACUCCCAGGAUGAGCUGACUUAAGCCCUCACUGGGCUGUGGCUGUUGGCCAUGGGCAGGUGCUGGCUCACCCCAGCCCCAUGGCUGUUCACUGCCCAUCGCCUCCAAGGCUUCACAAACUGCCUGUGGUGGCACAGGGUGUCAGGGGUGGGGACACUGCACCGAGGGUGGCAGCUGAGGGCUGAAGCUGUGGCUGUGGUCACGGGCAGCGGUGACAUUCCUGUGCCAGCCACAGCAGGAGCUCCUCCAGAAGCUCCUCCUUUUUUAAAAUAAUAUUUUUCUUUUUUUUUUUUUUUUUCCUGCCUAAAAACGGCCUGAUUUCUCAUUCCUGGGAGUUGCUACUGGGAAGGGGGAAAAGCACCCUUCUGCUUGGUAUGUCAUCCAGAGGGAUUUGUCAUAACUUGCCAUGGUCUUGCUGUCACCAGUCGCCCUGAUUUCAGUGUUGUGCCUGAGCCCGGGGGCUGCAGGCAGCUGGGCUCUUCUCUGUGCCCUGGCCACCGGGGCUGUGCUGGUGGCCCUGGACAGGAGCGGGGGCUGCAGGAACACGUUCCUGAGCGGGGCACAGCGGCGCGGGGGCGGGCAGGCCCGCGGGGGUCACGGGCAGAGCAGCUGCCGGCAGUGGCUCGGCGCUGGCAGAGCGUGGUGCUGUUAACACCGGGGCUGCGGCUUCCAUCCCUCCACGGGCCAUUCACUUGAGAGUUAGACUCCGUGAUCUUUGUGGUCCCUUCCAACUCAGGAUGUUCUGUGAUGUGGUGUCACCCUAGCUGUCCCGAGACUCGCAGACAGCGUCACUGGGGCUGAGCUGGUGGCGCUUGCUUUGUCCCUCGCUGCCGUGGCUGGGUCUGCCGAGUGCUGUCCUGCCUGUCACCGGGGUCUCAGCCCAAGCCGGUGGUGUGAUGGUCACCAGCAAGUGGCACUGUUACCCCACUGCCUGCUGGCCCCACCCAGGCCCCCUCGGCUGAGCCCACAGAAUUCUCCUUUAUCUGACCACGGGACCUCAAAGAAGCAGAUGCCCUUCCAGGAAGGCAGACUUCCCCCACACCCCGGGGAGUAAUAGCUGCUGGUGUUCUCUUUCCCUGUUUAAAGAAGUUGGGGCUUGAACACACCCAGGAUGUGCUCAGAUAAACAAGGGCAUGGGCAGUUUGAGCUGGACCUGGCACCUUCCCUCACUGCUUGUUUCUUCCACAGUCAAGGUCGUUUUAUUGCUCUUUGCUCCCCAAGACCUACAGCAUUGAACUUUGAGCCAUCGUGGGCCAGGAUUAGUCAGACUCUUGCUGCACUCUUGGGCUGUUAGGGAGUGUUGCUAUAGCACACACAGCCUGGGGCCAGGGAUUUCCUGUUUGAGGCUUUUCUGUGGCAGGGAGAGUGCUGGGUUUAAUCACCUCACAAAAUCCAAUAAAUAUUUAAUCCCUCUGUGGACAUAGUCACUUCCAGUGGGAAGGAAAAUAACUUCACCCACUGCCUCUGAGUAAGAGCCUCCCUACAGCUCAGCUUGCUGGCCCUGGCUUUGAAGUUGGAACUGGACUGGGCAGCUUGCCCUGUGUGUUCCUGUGUCGCCAGUGCCACCAGUGUGUGGUCACUUGGAGUGCACAGAGCAGUGGCAGGAUGGCAGAGCCAGCCCGCUCCUGUCACAUGGCAGUGUCAGGAGCAAGAGAUGGGCAGGAAGGGCUGUUAAAUUAGAGCUGUGGAUGAUGGGGCCAUGUCCCAGGUGUGUGCUGCAAAUCUCUUCACACGCUGGGCAGCUCCAUUGGUGUGCUGGGUGGGGCUCUGGGCCAAACAAAUGAAGUGAGGCUUUAGUUCAUUUGUUUGGGGGUUUUCCUCACUCUUAAAAUGAAAUCAACCUCAUUUUCUUUAUAGCUUUUAAGGUAAACUUAUUUAUCAAUUGUUUGAUGUCUGAGCAAUAUUACUUAUGGUCAAAACUCACCCCCUGCCUUGAGGGUGCAGCAUAUCAGGUGUGUGCUGUGCAGGGUGUGGGUACGGGCCGUGCCAUACAGGGUGUGUAGGGUGGUGUGUGCCAUGCCACAGCUCCUGCCCCACUGCUGCUGCCCCUCAGGCCCAGGUGUGCUGCCCCAGCAGUCCCCAGGGACUGGUUGUAUGUGUAUUUGAACUGUCCUGGGUUCCCCCUCAGAGCCUCACGCGUGGUGUCGGUGCAAGUCACACUGGCUGGUGCUCCAGCAGGGCUGGACACUGCACAAGAGCGCCGCAGGACGUGGCUUUUCAGCAGUGAGGCUCCCCCAGCUCCCAGCCAAAGGCUGCUCCCCACUCUCACUGUGCUCAUGGCAGGCACCUUCCUUCAGCUGUGGUGACAAAACCAGCUGUGUUUACAAGGGCCAAAAGUUCAACAGGUAGCCUUUAGCCCACCCUAAGACCCCUUGGCCAGGCUGCCUCGAGCCCAGCCAGAGCCCUCAGGGAACCAUGAGAGCCUUGAAAACAGGGAUAAUGCUGUGACUCAGACAUCAGAACAACAGAGAUCCCUGAGCAGGGAACUGCUUCACUGGGGAACCAAUGGACUUGAUACUUGACUUUUGCUUUUUAAUAGUAUUUUCAACAUAGUACAUAGAAUGUAAGGUAGGGAAAUUCCUGUAGUGCUGGAUCUCAUGUCACAGCCUCAGGAAGCCAUUUGUGCCAAGCUGGCAUGGCUCACAGAGAGGUGAAAAGAAAUCAAAUAACUCUGAAAUCUGUGCAAACUUGAGCUAGGACUGAACAGUGGAAACACUCCAGUGCAAUGGGGUUUUUUUUAAACAAGUGAUUGGUUUCCACACCAGUCUUGCCUGGAAGUCUGAUUUGCAGAGGAAUUUGUGUGAUAAGUUUAAAUCCAGCCCUGUUCUGGGAAGCUCUUAAGCAUAGACUUAAAAUAGGCACAUACUUCACUGUUGUUAAAGUGUUUAUUCUGGUGAACAAUUGGUGAACAUCCCUCGGGUGCUGUUCCUGAACAGGGGGCUUGUGAGAGCUGUCCCUCCAAUGUGCUUUUACAGAAAUAGGCAAUACUGAAGAAAACUUAGUGUUACUGAUCUGGGCACACUUCUUGGAAGAGUCUGCAAGUGCUGGGGGAAGGUACCCCCCUCUGUGUUGGAUUAUUUAAUACUUCAGACUCUGGUGCUUUUCAAAAAAAAAAAAAAUCACUACACUACAUUUCUGUAGCCAUGGUUUACCCAAGGGAAUAUAUGUUGUUUCUUAUGGUAGAUGUUAUUUUUCUUUAAGGUUACGAAUAGGUUAUUUAUAUUUUUGUAAAUUCUGUGCCAUUGCCAUUGUAAUUCUGCUGUAGCAUCGUUUCUGUUGGGUUUGGGGUGUUGUCUGUGUUCAAAUCAAGCAGAAGCUGAAGCUCCUGCCCCCUGUAAAUGGAAGGGGGUUGGUCCCUCACAUUCCUCCAGACCUGGUGCUCUUGAGUGAUGUGUGUUUGUAGUUCAAUAAAUUUUGGAGCCAGA